CGAGCAAAAUGAAAUGAUUCCUCCCUCUUCGUCCCUGUUCUCCGAUCCCAGCUCUCACGGGAUCAACAGAAACCAACUCCUCUUUCGAUCUCACGACCAAAACCCUGACCCUAGCUUUCCCUUUCAUCAAAUUAAGAAAAAUCACGGAUCGAAAACCCUCGAUAGAUCUCGACCAGAGCGCAAUCGAUCAAUCCCCCGUGAUCUCUUGAGAAUUAGGGCUGCAUUCUUCGCGAACUUGGGGAAAUCUGAGGGGAAUUAGGAUUUUUGUUCCCUUCGCAUUAGGAUGCGAGUUUCGAAGCGGAAUUUGGUCGCCGAUAACUUAUGUUUCGGCGAAUGAGAUGCUUCAUCGGAUUAGAUCCCGAGAGCGAGGUGCCUAAGAGAUUGACGGGCGCUAGGGCUUCGACGAGGAGGAGGAGGAUCGAAUUUAAGCAGCCGGAUAUGUUGGAGACCGUGCAUGAGAUCGCUAUCUAUAUUCAUCGGUUUCAUAAUCUGGAUCUCUUUCAGCAAGGAUGGUAUCAGAUAAAGAUAAGUAUGAGAUGGGAGGAUAGCAGCAGAGAGACUCGAGGAACUCCUGCUCGAGUUGUUCAAUAUGAAGCUCCUGAUUUAGCUUCAGAAGACGUUUGUGGUGUUUGGAGGAUAGAUGAUGUUGAGCAAAGUUUCUCGACGCAACCAUUCAGAAUCAAAUAUGCUAGGCAGGAUGUCCUUUUGUCAGUUAUGGUCUCUUUCAACUUAAAUCUUGGGAAAGAUGAGAUGCCAUCGACAUCUGCAGUAAUACUAAAAUUUGAGCUUAUGUAUGCUCCGAUAUUGGAAAAUGGAGUUGAAAUGCAAGCUUCUUUUGAUGCAUAUACUGCUGCAGUUCAUGAGUUCCGUAUUCCACCCAAAGCACUUUUGGGUUUGCAUUCAUAUUGUCCUGUCCAUUUUGAUGUUUUCCAUGCGGUUCUUGUUGAUUUAAGUAUACACAUUUCCCUUCUGAAAUCCGGUACCUCCACACCUCGACAGAAGGUAGCCAGCAAGUCUGCCAUUGUGGAUAGUGUUGCUAGAGACCAUUAUGAAGGACCCGAUGAAGUGUUAUCUCAAGGGAUAGGCUCAAAAGCAAUUGAGCUUAUCAAGGCAUUGUUAAUAUCACGAGAACUACUUCUUGAGGAGCUUGAAAAGAUCAGCCGAGCAAUUGGUCGAACAAUUGAUGAUUUAGUUGCUGCAGACUUAGAUCUCGGUAGAUUUGAGUUUGUUGGCUCUUCGAAACCAGAUCUGUCUGCAGCUGGUAGGGACUUUUCUGGGAAGAAGGGUGUAGGCCGAGUAGCUGGGAUGUUAGAGAAUAUUCUUGAGAAAUCGAAUGGCAUAAUUGAAGUUGGAAAUGACGUCAUGCUAUACUCACUAUCCAAGGAAGAGCUCUUGGAUGUAUUUUUUUCUGUGGGCAACCAACUUUCAUUCAUUUGGAAUGUCUUUCUGAAGUUUCAUAGGACUAACCGAAUGAAGAUCCUUGAAUAUCUAUAUGAUGCCUGGGCCAUAGACAGAAAGGCAGAGUGGUCAAUAUGGAUGGUUUAUUCGAAGAUUGAUAUUCCUCAUCGUUAUUUGAGAAGUGCAGCUGAUGACUCCUCUCACCGUAACACCCUUGGAAAAGUUGUUACACGGAAGUCCAAUGAUGAACAAGCACUAAUUUCUUCUACACGCGCUGAACUACACAGAAAAAGUAUUGCUCAAAUGAAAAUCAAUACCCGGUCCAUACAAGACAUGCAUAUUUUUGGGGACCCGUCUCAUGUUCCUAUUGUUCUUAUAGAGCAGCAUGUCAUGAAUGUUCCCUUGCAUGGUUCUGCAAAAAAUUUAUCAUUUAGUUCUUUGGGUCAGAAUGAUUCAGCUUUUGUGUCCAAAGGCCGUGGAGAUAGGGUUGUACAAAUUUCUAAAAAGAAUGGUCGUCUGUUAAAGGUUGCUGUCUUUGUGCAUGGAUUUCAGGGACAUCAUUUGGAUUUACGACUUGUACGAAAUCAGUGGCUUUUGUUAGAUCCUGGUGCAGAAUGUCUCAUGUCAGAGGCUAAUGAAGAUAAGACAUCUGGAGAUUUUAGGGAAAUGGGACGCAGAUUGGCAGAAGAGGUGACUACUUUCAUUAGAAAGAAAAUGGACAAACUGUCAAAGUAUGGAGGUUGCAGAGACAUAAAGCUUAGCUUUGUUGGACAUUCCAUUGGAAAUGUCAUUAUAAGGAGUGCUUUAGCAGACAGCUUGAUGGGUCCUUUUCUGAAGCACCUUUAUACGUACAUGUCUUUGUCGGGGCCACAUUUGGGGUAUUGGUAUAGUUCAAAUUCUCUGUUCAAUUCGGGAUUAUGGCUCCUCAAAAAACUCAAGGGACCUCAGGUCAUUCAUCAACUCACUUUCAGUGAUGAUCCAGAUUUGCAGAAUACCUUCUUUUACAAGCUUUGUAAGCAGAAGACAUUGGAGAAUUUCAAGAACAUUAUUCUAUUAUCUUCACCUCAGGACGGGUAUGUUCCUUAUCACUCAGCUAGAAUUGAGCUAUGUCAAGCAUCAGCCAGCGAUCAAUCAAAGAAGGCACAGGUGUUCCUUGAAAUGCUCAACAACUGCCUUGAUCAGAUUCGAGCUCCCUCAUCUGAACAGAGAAUAUUCAUGCGCUGUGACGUGAACUUCGACCAAUCUGCUCAGGGUAGGAACUUGAACACAAUAAUCGGCCGAGCAGCCCACAUCGAGUUCUUGGAGACCGACAUCUUUGCAAGGUUCCUAAUGUGGUCUUUCCCUGAAUUAUUUCGCUAACAGAUAUAGAAGAGUCAGUCUUACUAUCUAGCAUCAAUAUAGAAGAGUUAUCUAUGGACAAUGUUAGAAAAUGUUGUCUACUACUGCAAACAAUAGGGCCCUAUAUAUUUAUGUAGAAAAGGAAUGUAUAAUAGCCUGCAGUGUGAUGUAAUUAUGUUGUUGUAUGAAUGUUGUGAUACUCGUCAGCAUUCAUUUUUUUUUUUUAAUGCCUCGCUGUGUUUAGCAUAGGAAGAGGUAGGAUACUGGAUUGGGGAAACUCAAUGUACCCUACAUGUUUCUUGUUUUCUUAGGAGUCAGCUGAUGCUGAAAUAAAAAGAUUUUUUUUCUUCA